AUGUCUUCAGAUGCACCCCAAGGAGGCCGCAGGCGCAGGAGGACCAAGUUCAGCAAACACCAGUACAAGAUUCUUACUGAGGCCUUUGAGAGGGAUGCCUACCCCGAUAUCACCGUCCGAGAAGAGCUGGCCAAGCGAACCCAGGUCCCUGAGUCAAGAAUUCAGGUUUGGUUUCAGAACCGGAGAGCUCGAAUACCCAAGAGCACCCAGAGGAGGCCUGGUGUGGAGGCAGACGCCCAGGUUCCAGGACCGGGUCGGGGGGGAACCUGCGCCCCUGGCUGCCCUUGUCAGCUGGGCCUUCCGGGGCCCGAGAGCAACGCCGGCUGCUUCUCCUGGGAGUCAGAGGAUGCUUCUGGUCAAGCCGUCCCCUCGGGGCAUGCUGGUGUUCUGGGCCUGAAUGUGGCCUCAUCUGACCUGGAGGUUCCAGCCAGCGCACUCAGCGAGCCUUCUGGAGACUUCCAUCCCUCUCCCUCCCUGGGCUUCAGCCCUGCAGCUCUGUAUCCUCUUCCCGCCUCCACACAGCCCUUCUCACAGCUGGAAGCUGGUGGUGCAGGGACUCAUCUGGGGGACCCCAGCCGGCUCCUGGCGUGUGAGGACGGGGCUGUGCAGGGCUGGGCGCAGAGUCCUCCCGCCAGUGAACAGCAGCCCUGGUGGGGCUGGCAGCCUCCUGCUCUGGAUCUAGGGAUGUCGCCCCAGCAGCCGCUUUCCCAGCCCCUGGGGUCCUGGGAGCAGCUGCCCCAUCUGCCCCAGGAGCCCCCUUGGCCCCAGGGGUCCCCUCCGCCCCAGGAGCCCAGGCAGCACCCUGCUCCUCCUCCGAAUCCGCUCUGGCCUCAGCUCUACCCAGUGGAGGUGCCUGCCGGGCAUCGGGAGCAGUUUCCCUCCUUCCCUCCCGCCGGAGACAGGACCUCGGUGGGACCCCUGGGGCACCCGCCCAGCGACCGCAGCCGUGGGGGCAGCACUUGA